AUCAAUAUAUAUAUAUACAGAAGUAUAAACAGAGCCACCUCGUGUGUUAAAAAAUAAGCCAUUGUGUCUACAAAGACCAGAUAAAUAACCGGUAAUUAACCUUGUAUAAAAAAUUAACACGCGCGACAUUCAGAGCCACUCAGAAUGCUCUGACUAACUUUUUCUAAUACUUUUUACACUAUGACACGAGCUCUUUUUUGUGUGAAUUACUGAAUGUAGCUACACACUUACCAAUAUAAUAUAUAAGCAUGAUCACAAUUUGAGUGUAAAAUUCCAAAUUUCUCCGAAUAAAAUCAAUGUAAUUAAAUGUCCGAAUGUCCAAUGUCCAAAUGUCCAAUGUCCAAUGUCCAAAUAAAUAAAUCAAAAUAAAUUUCUCCGAAUAAAAUAAAUUUUUUUACGCAUUGUCAUAAACGGUUAAACCUAAGACAAAACCAUCAAGGAAUAGACGUUUUACAAAGAAACUUGCAGAGAACCUGUGCUCACCUAAGCUGGAGGUCACUACAUCCUGGCGAAAAGUUGACGAGCAUUGACAGAAUCUGGUCAAGAAGUUCCGUACACCAUGCUUCGAUUACUGCACAGCACACAGCUUGUUCGGCAGCAGCAAAGCAGGCUCUCGGCAUAUGUCAAACGAGUGCAGAGAGUUGCGCGGAGUUACUCGACGCCAGCCAAGCAACAUGGCGGAAGCCAGCCCACGCCGACUCUCAACAGCCUUCCUGUGCCGAAGGGGUCGUGGGCGGACGCGAAUGCUGCCAGGCAGAGGAAGUACAACAUGCAGCUGAUAGCUGGAGCUACCGUGUUUGGCAUUACGGUUGCAUACAUGUACAAGAAUGAUAUAGUUUACUUAAAUCCUCCCCCACGCAUGACCAAUCCGCCGGUCUGGGAGAAAGGUUCGAUUCAGGCAUCCCCUCUUGUGGGGGAGGGAGAGGAGAGCAGAGAACCUGAAGUCGUCCUGCCUCCGAUUCCGGAACACGUGCAAUACGUGUUGAUAGGCGCGGGCACGGCGUCGUUCGCCGCGUUCCGCGCCAUCAAGUCCAAGGAUCCGACUGCAAAGGUGCUGGUGAUUGGGGAUGAAGAUCAUUACCCCUACAUGAGACCUCCUCUCUCAAAGGAGCUGUGGUUCAGCGAUGACCCCAGAACGCCAACUACUCUGCGAUUUAAACAGUGGAAUGGCAAGGAGAGAAGUCUGUUCUUUGAGCCCGAUGCGUUUUACACGGAGGCGAGAACGCUGCCACUGCAGGAGAAUGGAGGAGUAGCGGUCGUCCGUGGCCGUAAGGCGGUAAAGAUCGACGCGGUGAAGAAGAAGGUGAUUCUGGACAACGGAAUUGAAGUCAAAUACGAUAAAGUGUUGAUCGCGACCGGUGGGAAACCUAGAAACCUUCGUGCAGUACAGAAGGCUGGUGAUGCAAUGAAAGGCAAGGUCACUCUCUUUAGAGGAGUAGAGAGCUACCGUAAGCUAGAGAAGGUGGCCUCAUCCGUAAAGUCAAUAGCUGUCAUUGGCGGUGGAUUCCUUGGCAGUGAGCUAGCCUGCGCUUUAGGAAAGCGCGGCCAUGAAACGGGUCUCAAGGUCAUACAAAUGUUCCCAGAAUCUGGCAACAUGGGAAGAGUUCUCCCAGAAUUUCUGAGUCACUGGACAACUAACAAAGUGGCAAACGAGGGUGUGACGGUGAUGCCCAACUCUGUGGUGAAGUCGGCCAGCAUCACACGCUCUGGAAAGGUGUCCCUGAAGCUAAAGGAUAACACUGAGGUGGAAGCUGAUCAUGUCGUCGUUGCCGUGGGGAUCGAGCCGAACGUCGAGCUGGCGCUGCCAUCCGGCCUCGAGCUGGACGAGACGCACGGCGGCUUCCGAGUCAAUGCCGAGCUCGAGGCACGAUCCAACAUCUGGGUGGCCGGUGACGCGUCGUGCUUCUAUGACAUCAAGCUCGGAAGGAGGCGUGUAGAACAUCACGACCACGCCGUAGUCAGUGGCCGGCUAGCUGGCGAGAACAUGACGGGUGCUGGAAAGCCCUACUGGCACCAGUCUAUGUUCUGGUCUGAUCUCGGACCUGACGUAGGAUACGAAGCAAUCGGCAUCGUUGAUUCCUCGCUUCCAACAACGAGCGUCUUUGCAAAGGCGACCGAGAAGGACACGCCCAAAGCUGUUGUCACAGCAACCGGCGAGGGAGUCAGGUCGGAGACAGAGGAGGCUGCAACGAUAGAACCACCACCAACAGAGGGCGCCAGUGAGCCACCCGCCAAGCACCAAGAGGACUACGGCAAGGGUGUAGUGUUUUACCUGAAGGACAGCGUUGUCGUGGGAAUCGUUCUCUGGAAUGUGUUCAAUAGGAUGCCAAUAGCGAGAAAGAUUAUCAAGGAUGGAGGACGUAAUGCAGAUCUGACAGAACUAGCCAAACUUUUCCAACUUCACGAGUCGGAAUAAUAAAUUCGCUUAGCUAUUGGUACCUAUGAAGUUAAUUUAAAUAGGAAAAUCACGGUUGAAUUCUCGUGAGUGAAUUUUCUAGGUAACGUUGCGUGUGAGGGUUGGCAGCUGCAGAUGCUGACAUAGCGUGUGGUCACAAUAGAUUACUGUACCUACCUCCCUGUCUGUUAGUCCUUAUCGUGUGACUUACCCACUAUCAGGUAUUCCAAUUUCUGAGCCAUAAGGUGACGCUGUGAAGGUGUUUAAUCGGAAUACAAAUUGCGUUUACCACAUAUGUCGCAACUUUAGGCUACCCUCGUGUUGUGAGUGCAUGUGUACCAGGGUGGAUGGGGAUAUAAUGGGAUUUCCAAGAUAAAGUGCAGGACGUACGUGCAGUCUUUAACAGGUGUUUGCUAUGACCCUGUAGAUUAGUUCCUGGUUGCCUAGAUUCCCUACUUACAAACCUUUUUAUACUAACAAUGUCGACAUAGAAGCAUUAGCUCAGAGAGAUCUGUGUUGGAUUUUUUAUAACUGCAGGCAGUAUUGUAGAUAAUGCCAGCUAUGGUAGGUAAUGUGUGUUUCGAACAUUGCUUAAACAAUGGGUGAUGAGGGAUAUUAUUAGGCGUUAAUAAUGACAAAUUUGUCAUUAUUAACGCUUGAUAAUACUGAAUUCUAGUUGAUUUAUGUUCACAUGGUGCAGCGAAGUUUAUAUGAAUUGUGUUGACUUCAUAGAUAUGAAGAUGAUAUUUUUCCGAGUGACACGCGGGGGCUCUGCUUGGUAGUGUUGUUGUUGCAUGCUUGCGUUAAGACCGUCGGAAUUAAUGAUUGCUAGUUUACAUCAAAUGCAGUGGUCACACUCGCAACAACGUUGGUUUGCAUUGCGAUGAAACGGAAAUUAAUUUAUGUUUCUGAUUAUGCUAACAUCCUAACGCGUAUACUGAAGAGAAGUUGAAGUUAAUCUCAUGUUGCAUGCAUCAUGUUGGGUAAUUGUAUCUGUUGUAUUCAUGCAGAUACUCGCACGUUUGUGUGCCACUCACCAGAUGGCGCCACCAUGCAGAGCAGACGUAAAUUAAACCACUGGUUCAGAAUCUGGUAAAACCAGAUUUAACGAUUACUGAUGUCAGAGGUCAUAUCUUUGAUGGCACAGAACAUUUGUUAUAUGAUGUAGUUUAUAUUCAGAGUUAAUAUUUGAGUAAAUAUUAAUACAAAACCA